AUGGCGCCCUUCGGAGGCGGUGGUUCCAGGUCGGGCAAGGAGGCGGACUUGGCGGCUGCUGUGGCGGCGGCGCAGACCGCGUCAUUUGAUGUGCGCGGCUGGUCGCGGCAGGCUAAGGAGAUCACUUCUGACUUGACUGGCUCGGACAAGUACAAGAGCCUGGCGUUACAUGCGGAGGUUAAGUUAGCGGAGGCGCUGGAGCGGUGUGAGAGGGUCAGCCCCGUCACCCGCAGCAGCAGUGGUGAGGAGCGGCCCAAUAAGCUGCGGACCGCUGUGGCCUGUCAGCUGCUGGGCGAGUUUGCGGAGCUGUGCGGCCCCUUCUCUGGAGUGCUUAUCACGCUUCGUGACGAACUCCUUAAGGCGGUUUAUUCUUGGCAUUACGCCUCGGAGCGCGGCGGCCUGUCUUUCGACCAACUGCCAUGGUUUGCGGUUUCGGAAAGGCUGGAACGGGACAAGGAGGCCAUGCUGGAGGAGCGCGAGGCUUUCAAGCAGCAGCUCCAGGAGCAGCAGGAGGCUGUGGCGCGUAUCGAGGAUCAGAUGAACGCGCUGCGGCGCGCCACGGAGGUGGCUCAGCUGGAUGCGGCGACGCUGCGGUCUCACCUGGACCGGGUGAUGGUCAGCGAGGAGUCCGCGAGGCUGGAGGCCAAGACAGGCCGCGAAGAGCUCAAAAAGCUGCGCAAGGAGUACCUCAAGAUGAAGGACGAGCUGGAGGCGGAGCGGGAUGCGCACACCAAGCUGCAGGAGCGACACGUUGAGCUGAAGGAGUUCUCGGCCGCCCGUAUUGCUGAGCUGUCCGCUGCGCUGGCGGCGGCGGAAGUGGACGCGGUUGAUGCCAGGCGGCUGGCGGAGAGCCGCAUGCCGCCGGAGGUGUACGAGAAGCUGCAGGCAACGCUGGCGGAUACGCAGUCGGAGUUGGAGCUGGCGCAGUCGCACAUCCGGGACGUGGAGGCCGUCAACUCGAAAUUAGCGCACCGGCUGGACGUCAUGACACCGAGACCGGUGUGGCGCAAGAUUGCGGAACACAACAUUCAGCCCGGUCGCCGUACUGCGGAGCUGGUCCACAGAGUGGAGGAGAAGCUGGGCCGCUACGCCAAUGAGCUAGAGGAGCUCAAGGCGCGACUCAACCUGGCGGCAGCGCUGCUGCAGCCUGACGCGGCGCCCACGGAGGUGCAACUGUCGUUGAUCACGGAGGAUUUAAACUAUUUUUUGACGGAGGGCGCGGGCAGCACCACGGGGCCCACCUCCAACGGUCCCGCCGUAGCGGAGCCUUGCGGCCUGGCGCCCACGGUGCCUCGCUGCCUGCGCUGGCCGCAGCGAGUGACCCUGCAGACGUUGUCACAAGAGCAGACAGAGGCCAUCGCCAUGGCCAUGUGGAAGGCUCGCCAAGCUAUGGACGUGUCAUCCUCAUCGGGUACCUUGCAGUCCUUCGUGUACUACUAUUUCAACCCCCAGGGUAUGGCUACAGCCGACACCGCUCGCAUGUGCUACAGCUUCUAUUACGCUUGCUCCACAUACGCCAAGUCCAGCGCAGUCGUACGGACGUUCUGGCUGGUGAUGACAGGGCAGGUUUCGGAGGCAGCAGCGAUCGAUCAGCGCAUCAUGGUUUCAGGACUGACGGCGCUGCUGCACAGCCUGCCAGCCGUGAAUGCCGCCGCUGGCGAUUUGUUGGCUGCAGAACGCAUCCUGCACAUCGAGGACGUAUCCUCCGCCUUGGAGCGGCUCUUCCCCAACCGCCCCUCCUUCCGCAUCAGCAAGCUGCGCGACGCCCUGCGCACCCAAUUCGGCGGCGCCGAGACGGUGCGGCUGGAGGCCCUCCAGGCAGUGCUGGAUUCGCACGGUCUGCAUGCCCCACCUGCCUCCACCGCGUCCAGCACGGCCAAGGCGACGCGCUUCCGGCAGGAGCUGAUUGGGUCCGGCAGCAAGGGCGGCGCGACUAGCGGCGGCAGCCAUCCUGUGGGUCCGUUUAUUUCAGUGCUGCUGGCACAGCAUAUUGACGAGAUCCAGACGCUUUGCAUGGAAGUAGCGACGCAGCUGGCGGAUACGCCUGCGGUGGUGGAUGCUACGGAUGGUGAGCACGGCGACAACCCUGCGGAGGUGGUGGCGGUGGUGGAGAAGCUAGGUGCUCUGCUUGGCCCGAGCCGUGCAGCGGCGUGCGUCCUGGCGGCGCUGGGGUUCUCGACGGGCGAUGGCAGCGGCAGCGGGCGGCGCAACAGCGCCGAGGGCGAGGAUGUGAGCGGCAGCAGCGGGGAUGACAUUGUAAUGCCCAUGGGAGCGAUCGUGGACUUGACCGACAUGACAGCGUGGGUGCUACGACGUUGCCUGAUUAAACCAGUGGGCAGCUACGACAUCAGCGGGGCGAUGCAAUGGGCGCGCGAGGCGCUUGAUGACGCCGGGAGCUGA